UAUUAGACUGUUUAUGUAGCCUACUUUCAGCAGAACAAUAAUAUGUAUACAAUGAAAAUCCGCAGUAAAAAAUAUAAGGUUCCAUUGGCUCUCGGUAAUCCCUAUUAGAGUGAAAGUGAUAAAACAGAAUAUAUUCAGGGAAACUUGUUUAGUCCAGUAGGUAAUGAGUACAUCCUGCAGGAAGAGGAAAACCAUUGUUGUGACUGAUUAUCAUAACUGAUCAAUCACAAUCAGUGAGCUCCAUGUGUGUGAUGUGGAAUGGCGGCUCACUGGCUGUUGCUUAUCUGUCUGGUGAAAUCCAUUCACUGCUUGAAUGAUGACAUAUCAGAGGCUACUGACAUGCUGUUAAUGGAAGGAGAGAUAUCUCGAAUUGUAUCUCCUGACGACAAACAUCAGAGUGCAGCCUACUCAGAGUCAGGUGUCGGACAAGAUCAAACAUGUGCGACUGGGGCCAAGUGUACAUCCUUGCAGAGCUGUAGACUGGUCCGAACACUGAUGAACAAGAAUUGUCUUGCUAGUAACAAGCUCCGAGAGCUUACCUGUGGCUACUUGGGUGACGAACCUCUCGUCUGCUGUCCUGUCUCUGCCAUCAAACACGACCCUGAGCCUGUCAAUGGUGAAGCCUGCGGAGCUCCUCUCCUCUACAACUGGUGGAAAAACAACUACCAGGGAGUUGGGGCUUUACCAUUUGUCGCUAGGAUCGGGUUUAGGAGUAAAACCCAAGGUACAACAUCCUACCCUUGCUGUGGUUCCAUAAUAUCUAAGCGAGUAAUCUUAACAUCGGCUCACUGUGCACUGGCCCAGACUGCAAAACAGUAUGUGUGGACAGUGAGAGUUGGAGAGUAUGACAUGGCCAAGGACCCAGAUUGUGGUAAAUCCUUCUGUGCUCAUCCUGUACAAGACAUCCUCAUCAGCCACGUGGUGGUACAUCCUGGAUAUGAGCCAAAGUCCUUCAGACACAACAUCGCACUACUGGUCCUCAGACACAACAUUAACUUUUCUGUGAAUGCUCAGCCAGUGUGUUUAAGGAACAGCCCAUAUUCUCUAGUUGGACAACGGGCCAAGUUGGUUGGUUGGGGAAAAACUCCUGGACAAUUGGAAACUCCCGAUGAACAGCAGACUGUGGAGAUGCCGAUUUUACAAAGGAAAAAGUGCACCGAUGUUUAUGAUGACGUGAUUCCUGUCACUCAAGAUCAUCUUUGUGUUGGAGGCGAGAAGAACAAGGAUGCUUGUUCAGGGUUUGGAGGUGCUCCUCUUGUGUACCUAGAUAGAACUGACCAGCCUAAGUAUUAUCAGGUGGGGAUUGUCUCUUUCGGUUCAGAUAAAUGUGGAGUACAAGGGAUCCCAAGUGUGUACUCUAGUAUAGACAAAUAUCUGGACUGGAUCAAACUCAACUCUCCUGAUCUGUAAUGUUCAGAAUAUUUACAAUAUUAGGCGUUAAUAAACUUGUA